ACAGUCUCCCGGGAUUUUACAUUCGGGUAGGUCCAUUUCUUUGGAAAUUUUCAGUCGUUUUCGGUAGUUCUAGUCGUUUCCAUAUUGUGUGAGUUUCUCAAGGUGAAAAAAAGUUUAGCGCCUGACCAUGAGCGGCCCGUUCAAACGCCGCGCCUCCCUCAAAUCGCUGCCCGCCACCAGCCUGCCCAUAGACGCGCUGCGUAAGCAAUCCCUGCGCCGCGCGUCUGUCGCCUCGGGCCUCAAGCCCGCCCCGACCGCGUCGACCGCCCCACGCGAGCUGCCCUGGGACCUGCUGGACCGGUGCGCGCUGCCCGUGCUCUUCUGCCACGCGGCCGCCGUGCUGGCCAGCAACGCGCUCAACGUGCUCAACGUGUCAGAAGUGGGCACGCUGGCGCUAUUCAUUUGGUUCACCGUGGUGACCGUCGGGGCGGUUCUCUUCUACCAUAAUCUCAAGGUGACGGCCGCCGGCAAGGCCGUCCUGAUAACCGGCUGCGACUGCAGCGUCGGCAGCGCCCUCGCGCGCCACCUCGACGAACAGGGCUUCACGGUGUUCGCCGCCUGUCAGGACGCCGCCUCGGCCGAGGCGCGGGACCUGAAAGAGCUCUGCUCAGGCCGCGUGCACGUGCUGCAGCUCGACGUGGCCAGCGAGACGCAGAUCCUGGCCGCCUCGCUGUACGCCGUCGAGCAUCUGCCAGAUGGCGCUGCCGGUCUGUGGGCCGUGGUGCACGCGCAGGCGUGGGUGGCGCUGGGCGAGAUCGAGUGGAUUCCGCCGCAGGUGAUCAAGAAGGCGGUGGACGUGAACUUCGUGGGCCCGACGCGCGUGACGCAGAUCAUGCUGCCGCUGGUGCGCCGCGCCAAAGGCCGGAUCGUCGUGGUGACUUCGGGCUUGUGCCGCGUGGCGUCGCCGGCCAGGGGCGUGCAUUGCGGCCUACUGGCUGCGCUCGAGACACAGGCGGACUGCCUCAGGAAGGAGUUGAGGAGCAGAGGUGUCGACGUGGUGGUAGUGGCACCUGGAGAAUUAACGUCCGGUUCUUCCUGGUUGUCUGACGAAACCAUCCUGGCUCAAGCCAAGGACAUGUGGAAGCAGUUGUGUCAGGAACAGAGGACGGAAUACGGCGAGGACUAUUUCGAGAAGGCAUUGAGAAGUCUUGAGAAGUACACCCAAUCUCAGGAAUGCGACCUAUCUCCCGUCCUGAGAGCCCUCAACGAUGCUAUAGUCCGCACAUUUCCUCUCAACAAGUACACCCCAGUAACCCGAAGAGAAAAAGUUCAAGCCAUCAUUUCCGACCACUUGCCACGAUCUGUCUACGAUAUCAUUUAUGCCUAGUUUUCUCCAAUUUUCAAUAUCGCAGCGCUAAAGUGGCUGGUUGUAGAACAAUAUGAAAAUACAUUGUUUUGAAAUGGUUCAUUUGCUUGCAUGUGAGUUGUGUGUAUUAUUUCGAUUUUUUGGUAGUGAUUUUAGCAAAGAAAACAUUACUUGACUGUUUAUGAAGCUUUUCGGUAGAUAUUCGUUCAAUAAUAGUACCAAGGACGAAAAUCUGUCUAUUAUAUAGUCGAGUCUGCAAGUUGAUAGUCGAGGCCUUAGCCGAUUGUUUGAGCCAAUUAAAUAUAUUAUCUUCAUAAAUAAUCCAUAGUAGGGGAGCCCAAGCGGGGAUUUCGGGAUUUACUCAAGCGGGGCAGAUUAACAUAAGGGGGCAAGGGGGGUAUCCGGAUCCUUGGACCUUGUGAAGUACUCCCACCAUACCUGGGCCCUUUAUAUGGUGCCGAAAGUUUACGGCAGCCGAUCAGUUUAGAAAAAAAUCGAUCGUCAGAAAUACUCGAGCCGCGCGUCAGAUUGAGACAUAGUACGUUAAUUAAAUGCAGAAAAGUGUGCAUUUCAAUAAUCUGACGAUUUGAGCAUGACAUAAGAAAAUGGGAGAGCCACAAAGUUGCAAAAAAAUCGUCACCUGUACAUUCUCGCGCGCGGUUGAUUUUUUUUUUAUUAUUAUUUUGAAGCCAAUCAGUCACGGAUCUCGGAAAUAACAUAAUCUGCCGAUUUUGGGCUUAUAUCACAAAAUUUUUAUUCCAUAAUUCGAUAGAACUCACCCAAACUAGCUCACCACCGCAAACCGUUUAUCGCUGUGAGCUCCCUACCUUUUAUAAAAAAUUAUUGAAAUCCCCGAUUUUUCGGACCUUUGAACGAGGCGAUGAUGUGACGUCAAAACCCUAAUACUGAAACAGGACUAUUCCAGACAGAGAUGAAUGAUACAUGAUUUCUGGCAGAGUGAAUUAGCGCCAGAACACAGUUGAAAGAAUUAAUAUAUCAGUUUUGCCUCAGUCUCCGUCCGGCGUUUGGUAUUUUCUUUUAACUAUGGCGAGAUGAGGUUUCUACGUCAUAAGAGGGCCGUUUUCAGGUGGUACUAUUAUUUAUGUCCAAAAAUUGAACAUUCCAGUAAAUUUUUCGAUCGAAUUAUGUCGUCAAUCAUUAUUUAUGUAUAUGAAAGGAUCAUUUAUAAACAUGGUUUGAGUUAAAAGUUCUACCAAGCUGUACACGAGUACACGCCCAUUGUGGUAACGUAGGAAAAGUAUCACUUUUGUAUAUUGUUAUCAAUCAGCUCAUAAGAAGGAACCUGAAAAUGCAAUAAAAUACAAGGUGUGCGUAAAACGCAAAAUAUUUCAGAAAUGUACUGCUCAUGAGAUAAGACUAUCUCAAGAAUUUUUGUUCAUCUAUCUCAAACAGCAAAGCCGUUAUAUCUCAUUUUGUCACACUAUUGGUCCACCCUAUAUGUCUACAUGAGCCGUCCAUCUCAAAAUUUUGAAUUCUUCGAGCUGUUGAAGUCCUGCUACAAAAACCUGAUCCACCCUGUAUAUUUUAGAUUUUAAUUAUUACCUACUUCCAUCAGUUAACAAAAAAAAUCCAACCGUCAGAUUAAGGUAAUUCCUCUACAUCCCAGACAGCACGACUUGAUCCUGAGAACGUUCUUAGAAUAUUCCCAUGGAAGAAAUCGAAUAUUCUCAGAAUGUUCUCACAAGGUACACUGAACGUACUUAGAAUACCCUAGGAACAUGCAAAUGGGAGGAAAAAUCACGUCUCAAGAACGUAUCAUAAUAUUUUUCAGAACAUUCUCAGAACAUUUAUUUGAAUAUAUAGAACAUCCUCAGAAUGGUUUAGGAAUAUUCUCAGUAUACAGGGUGUUUUGAAUCGCAUGGAAAAUAUUUCAGGGAUCGAUAUAGGAGG